CUCACAAAGAACGACGAUGGCCCCCCGGGCCCCGACUCGCCGUACAUCUAUGGACUCUACCGCCACUUGACUCGUGAUUUAGGCUGGGAUGUCCGUGUUGUCAUACCCAGCUCCCAGAAAUCCUGGAUAGAGACCUUGCAUUACUGUUCAGACGGAUCUGGAGAAACGUCUGAAUUCUCGAGAUCUUUAAAGGAAGGGGAACUUGCAGAGUGGAUCUUACUGGACGGUACCCCUGCGACGUGUGCAAAUAUCGCACUUCAUAACCUUUACCACGGGGAAAUCGAUCUUUUGAUAUCCGGACCUAAUCUUGGACGUAAUAGCUCAGCGGCGUUCGCCCUUUCAUCUGGGACGAUUGGUGCCGCACUGUCAUCCGCACUGUCUCGUGUUCGCUCUAUCGCCCUAUCCUACGGAACGGUCCUUCACCCCACGCCAACGACAUUGCAUGAGCCCGCCCAUCAACUCGGUGCCCGCAUUAUCCAGCACCUCUGGAAGAACUGGGGUGCCGAUGAGGGCGGUAUACGUGAUGGCGAGAUCGACCUGUACAACCUUAACAUACCCAUGAUCGAAGGACUCCUCAGCGAAGAAGGCCUGAAGAUAUGCUGGACACACAUCUGGCGCAACUCAUACGGUCGCCUGUUCAAAGCGAACAGCCCGCGCGAGGCUGCCGUUGCCGCAGCCAAUCUGUCCUCUGCGGGCCCUGACUCGCCCUCUGAAGACCCUGCUGGUUCGAAGACAAGCGCUGCCGACAAGCAGGUUACGCCCAGGGACGUAGCAAAGCUAUCCUUCCGCUGGGGUCCUGACAUGUCAGGAAUCAUCAACCCAAUUACUUCUCCUAUUGGGUCAGACGGCUGGGCAAUAGCCCAGGGAUGGGUCAGUGUGACGCCCAUACGUGCGAGUUUUGCCGAGCCGUCUGCAGUGCAGCCUGCUCAAUCGGCCGCAGACGUGGAAGCCAAACUGUGGAAAGUGAAGUUGUAG